CUAGUUUCGAUAAUACGUCGGGUUGAUCCUUUACCGUCUCAAGUAACUUUAGUGGUAUUAUACAUUCUCAUCUAUCCAUGGAGCAUGCAGGCCGAUGACCCCGUCCUGCCUCACCUGAGGCGUGAGCGCAGCCUUGGCCGGAGAAGGAGAGGAGAGAGAGAGAGAACGAGAGAGCGUGAGAAGGAUGGGAAGACGAGAGCGGGGCUGCUGUCUGGGUGUGUCUACGGCCGUGUUCUAUGGCUCUCUGUCCCUGUUCGUCUCCAUCCUACACAACGUUUUCCUGCUUUACUAUGUCGAGACCUUCGUGUCCGUCUACAAGAUCGAUAAGCUGUCCUUCUGGGUAGGGGAGACAAUAUUUCUGAUAUGGAACAGUUUAAAUGACCCUCUGUUUGGAUGGCUGAGUGAUCGCUCCUUCCUCAGCUCCUCUCAAUCUGGACCUCAGAUAUCCUCUCCGGAGGUGAUUCUGAAGCGCCUCGGGGCGCUUUCUCGGAACGGGCCGCUCUUCGCCCUGUCGUUCCUGGCGUUUUGGGUGGCGUGGGCGCAGCCGGGCCUCCAGUUCCUGCUCUGCCUGUGUCUGUACGACGGGUUUCUCACCGUGGUCGACCUCAACCACAACGCCCUGCUGGCCGACCUGGCCGUCUCCGCCGGCGACCGGACACGCCUCAACUUCUACAGCUCCCUGUUCAGCGCUCUGGGAUCCCUCUCCGUCUUUCUCUCGUACUCCUUCUGGGACAAAGAGGAUUUUUUCUCUUUUCGGAUUUUCUGCGUGGCGCUGGCCGCGGUGUCCAUGCUGGGGUUUGCCGUGGUGUCGCGUCUACUGCGUCACAGGUUCCAGAUCGAAGUCCGUCCGCGCAAGCAGGAGGAGAACACGCUGAAAGAACUUAGUAUUGGGCAUGCUCCUCAUGCCCCUGCUGAGAGGUCUAUUACUCUUGGGGAGUAUCUUAAACAGCUGUCACGGCACAGGAACUUCUUAUGGUUCACCUCUAUGAACCUGGUACAGGUGUUUCACUGCCACUUCAACAGUAAUUUUUUCCCUCUGUUUCUGGAGCACCUCCUCUCUGACAGGAUCUCUGCCUCCACAGGCUCCUUCCUCCUGGGCAUCUCAUACAUUGCUCCUCAUGUGAAUAACCUGUAUUUUCUGACGCUGUGUCGUAAACUGGGCGUGUACCAGGUCAUUCGUUGGCUCUUCCUGCUCAAACUGGGACUCAGUGUAGCCAUGCUGCUGGCUGGAGCAGACCACGUGUAUCUGCUGUGCAUUUUCAUUGCCAGUAACCGCGUGUUUACGGAGGGAACUUGUAAGUUGCUGAACCUCGUCAUUACGGACCUGGUGGAUGAGGAUUUUGUGCUGAACCGCCGCCAGCAGGCAGCCUCUGCGUUGGUUUUUGGCAUGGUCGCCCUGGUAACAAAACCAGGUCAAACCUUCGCCCCCCUCAUUGGCACCUGGCUACUGUGUGUCUACACAGGUUAUGAUGUCUUUGAGAGGGAUCCCCUGAAGGAUGCCAGUAUGGCGUCAGCCGCAGCUGGUGGCACAGGCUCUGCCCUCUCCAUGCCCCUGCGCCAGGGUUGUUUUUACCUGCUCGUUUUCGUGCCCAUCUCCUGUGCCCUGCUCCAGCUGAUGGCAUGGUCCCGUUUCACCCUGCACGGGCGCAGGCUGCAGGGCAUCAAAGCCCUGAGAGAGGGGGCACAGCAGAGUCACCUCAUGGGUGUGAAAGCCAUCUGACAUUCCAACACAAAGAGGAAAGAGUGAAACAAGUUCAGGAGCCUCACAAAUGAAAGCGUUGUCAGACAUUAUAUAGGACUGCAGAAGAAAUCUGCCCACUGCACGGGGAGCCAAUAGCCUUCUUUGCCUCUUUCUGUGAAACUGAAUGUUGCAUUGGCUCCCAGGUAACGUUGUCGCUGCUCACCUUGUGAGGUCACUGUCUGACUCCUUCUUAUUGUGUAUUUUGUAGAGAAGAGGGUGGGGUUAACCCUCACUGCCAAUCACGCAGUCACCUUAGAGAUGUGGUAUUGCACUGCCGUGUAGUCAGAGACAGGAGAAAGGUGCAACAUGGUGACUGAAUGAAUUUUGCCUUAUUCUUUUUAUGAAAACUGAUUGUCUAUGUUUGUUAUACAGUGUAUAAGGACCAAAUGUAACAUACACAGUCGUGUGGUUUUGGGACCUUACCGAAAGGGUACCAUUGAGCCCGCUUUGUCUGUGUAGCACAAGGCUCAUCUAAAGUGUAAAACUGUCCCCCCUAAAGGGAAGAUUUAAGUUGACAUGGCCCCAUUGCCAUCUCAGUCUAAUCAAGCCCAGUCAGAGACUGCUUAUCUCAGUCUCUCUAACAGUGUAUUUUUAACUGUGAGAGAGAGAGCGCUGG